AUAAAUGCUCAACUGGCACACAUUCAGGUUUCUGGCUUAACAUUUGAAGUCCUUUUGCCUACAGGGAGAGCAGAGGAAGAGCAGCGUUCCGUUGAUUUAGUGGAAAAGAAUUGUGUUUAUGGCAACCCCAAACAUGAAGUUAGCGUCUAUGUUAAGGUGUUUACCAACAGCCCAUUUCUUCUGUGUAUGGAUUUGGCUCGUGCUCGAGAAGAACUAAUAGAUCCCAACUAUUUGUGGAUUGGUCCAGAUGGAAGAAGUCUGGAAGGGCAAUUGCAUGUGAAUCUGACAGAAACAGGAAAGCUGAUGUUGCUGGGGUUUAAGGAGUACAUGUCUGGAGCCUACACUUGCACUCUUUCUCACAAAAUCUUAGAAACUACGACACAGGAAGAAAGAGAAAUGUUUGAGACGUACAAAUUCAUGGUGUAUGCAUACAGGGAAGCUGACCACGCAUAUCAGAUCUUCGUUCGCUUUACUACCAGGCAGUGUGAGCUACAAGCCAACAGCCAGUUCUUUGAGGAGCUCUUGAAAAUCUUAACUAGCAUCAUCUCGGAUCUGACGUGUCACAUCACCGAGUCCUCCUACAAGUGCCACUCUGUCAGGGUACCCAGCCGAGGCCUCCUGCACGAACUGUUUGUUAGUUUUCAAGUCAAUCCUUUUGCACAAGGAUGGGAGGAAGUUUGCAAACAGGUUCCUUAUGACUGCGAAGGUGUGACAAACAUGAGAGUUGAAGAGGCAAGAGAUCGAAUUGGGGAGUUUUUCAAGAAGCAGACGUAUGUUUUGAGGCACGAGGUCCAAACCGUCCCUACAAUACACUACGUGGAGAACAGCUUCUCAGUGACUCACAUCGACAGCUGCCGACCAGGCUUUGGGAAGGACAACGUCAGCCACUGGGGCUGUGCGGGCUGCUGUGUGGUCUGUGAGCCUGGAACUUACAGUCCCAACAACGAGGUGAUCUGCCAGGUUUGUGCAGAUCCUCAAGUCAGGAUGUACGGAGCAAGAUUUUGCUGAUAAACUGACAGCAAAAACUGGGAAACCGAAGAGCAGCUGUGGAAAACUCAGUUUGUGAUGUUCUGUUCAGUUUUAGCUGCCAAUUCUGGAAUCCUGCAUUCCUUUAUGAACAGUUGCAAAACUUCAUUCAUCCACCUCCGGAUUUUCUGUAUUCAGGGACCACUUAAACUGUAGAAGUGAUGCAGGAGCUGAAGCGUUCAUGCACGGUAAAGGAAUUCAGUGAGAACAAAAAGGACGUUUGUCACGUGGCUGUUAGUGCAAAGAGCCCGUUUCUUGGUGGUGACACCAGCCACGCUGCAGCUUUGUGCUGCAGUUUGCUCAGAGAAUGUAAAGGAGCUGGGAAGCACUCAGGGAAAGACGGCAGACAGUUGGAGCGGAAUUCCGUGCCAUGCUGACACACAGCAGAACCUCUAUGAGCAGUUCCUAGUAGGUAUUAGGAGAAGUAUUUCAUCUUUGUGAUUUAGAAACAUUAAAUGCCCUUCCCUUUGUUUUUCACUGUU